CUACUUUCAGCCUACAAUAGUCUGACAGACAAACACCUUACUGGAUACUUCAACAACACCCGGAUCAGGAGACAUCUCCAGAGAGUUGGCCUGGUACGUCAAGAACACCAGUGGUUAACGCACAUCAGCAACAUUCCCCUCAAAGUUGGUAUUAGUUGAUGAUGAUGUAGCUUUGGUCAAGAGCGUUACGGGUGGCUUGAAGGGUCAAGCCACACGUAAUCCCUUGGACCAGAGCUAAUGAUGAUGAUGGUGAUUAAGCAAUAAGGCACAAGAUACAGUCCUAGCUAAAUUCAUUCUUGAGAAAUUGCACUUGCUAAGAAGCUAUUUUAGUUUAUUUUUGACAAUUUUAAUUGAAAACAAUCAAAGUAAGGUACUUAAUUGUUACCCAGAAAUGAUUUGAUAUCGAGAUAAAAACGGCUGCAUUGGACCUUUAAAGCAAGUUUCCUGCAAUUCUACACAUUUUGCUUUGGGACGGAGAGAAGAAAAUGCAGUUACAGCUAAUUUCAUGCAAUUCUACUAAUUUUGCCAUGGAGUGGAGAUAAUAUUUUGUAGUUUUAAAGCUAAUUUCCUGCAAUUCUACACAUUUAGCUGACAUGGCAAAUUGGAGUGACUACAUUUUACAUUUUAGUCAUUUAGCAGACACUCUUAUCCAGAGCGACUUACAGUUAGUGAGUGCAUACAUUUUUCAUACUGGCCCCCCGUGGGAAACAAACCCACAACCCUGGCGUUGCAAGCGCCAUGCUCUACCAACUGAGCUACACGGGGCCAAACAUAACAAGCUAAAAACGGUGACUGACGUAACAAGAGAAAAACUGCUGAUGCACAAACACAUUUCGAAAUUGCAUCAGGUUUAUUCUACUAUUCUUAUUCUCAAUAGUAAGUUGAGACCGCGACUGAGUUCCUAAGAUAUAUAUAAAAAUGAAAGAGCAAGUGAAAGCUAUGAAAGCUAUGAUCCCUUAUUGAUGUCACUUGUUAAAUCCACUUCAAUCAGUGUAGAUGAAGGGGAGGAGACAGGUUAAAGAAGGAUUUUUAAGCCUUGAGACAAUUGAGACAUUGAUUGUGUAUGUGUGCCAUUCAGAGGGUGAAUGGGAAAGUUAAAAGAUUUAAGUGCCUUUGAAUGGGGUAUGGUAGUAGGUGCCAGGCACACCGGUUUGUGUCAAGAAUUGCAACGCUGCUGGGUUUUUCAUGCUCAACAGUUUCCAGUGUGUAUCAAGAAUAGGACACCCAGCCAACUUGACACAACUGUGGGAAGCAUUGGAGUCAAUGUGGUCGACACCUUGUAGAGUCCAUGCCCCGAUGACGAAUUGAGGCUGUUCUGAGGGCAAAGGGGGGGACGGACGGACGGACGGACGACAACGACUCAAUAUUAGGAAGGUGUUCUUAAUGUUUUGUGAACUCAGUGUAUCUUUGUUUUGGUCGGGCUAUGUCGCUUAUGCCUGGAACUAGCCAUGUACAGCAUGUCCAUGAUAAGAAUGUUGAUGCAUGAUUUCGACUGGUUCAGAAAAAGUUGUCUCAUUUGGGCACGUUCACUCUAUGUAUGGUACUACACAGAUCGAAAUUCAAAAGUGAAACAUUGUUUCCGAAGUUGGACAGGCAGACAGCAAGUCUUACAGUGCCUUGCAAAAGUAUUCAUCCCCCUUGGCGUUUUUCCAUUUUUUUUGCAUUACAACCUGUCAUUUAAAUGGAUUUUUAUUUGGAUUUCAUGUAAUGGACAUACACAAAAUAGUCCAAAUUGGUGAAUUGAAAUGAAAAAAAAAACUUGUUUCAAAAAAUUCUAAAGAAUAAAUAAUGGAAAAGUGGUGCGUGCAUAUGUAUUCACCCCCUUUGCUAUGAAGCCUCUAAAUAAGAUGUGGUGCAACCAAUUACCUUCAGAAGUCACAUAAUUAGUUAAAUAAAGUCCACCUGUGUGCAAUCUAAGUGUCACAUGAUCUGUCACAUGAUCUCAGUAUAUAUACACCUGUUCUGAAAGGCCUCAGAGUCUGCAACACCACUAAGCAAGGGGCACCACCAAGCAAGCGGCACCAUGAAGACCAAGGAGCUCUCCAAACAGGUCAGGGACAAAGUUGUGGAGAAGUACAGAUCAGGCUUUGGUUAUUAAAAAAUAUCCACAACUUUGAACAUCCCACGGAGAACCAUUAAAUCCAUUAUUAAAAAAUUGAAAGAAUAUGGCACCACAACCUGCCAAGAGAGGGCCGCCCACCAAAACUCACGGACCAGGCAAGGAGGGCAUUAAUCAGAGGCAACAAAGAGACCAAAGAUAACCCUGAAGGAGCUGCAAAGCUCCACAGCGGAGAUAGGAGUAUCUGUCCAUAGGACCACUUUAAGCCGUACACUCCACAGAGCUGGGCUUUAUGGAAGAGUGGCCAGAAAAAAGCCAUUGCUUUAAGAAAAAAAUAAGCAAACACGUUUGGUGUUCGCCAAAAGCCAUGUGGGAGACUCCCCAAACAUAAGGAAGAAGGUACUCUGGUCAGAUGAGACUAAAAUUGAGCUUUUUGACCAUCAAGGAAAACGCUAUGUCUGGCGCAAACCCAACACCUCUCAACAACCCGAGAACACCAUCCCCACAGUGAAGCAUGGUGGUGGCAGCAUCAUGCUGUGGGGAUGUUUUUCAUCGGCAGGGACUGGGAAACUGGUCAGAAUUAAAGAAAUGAUGGAUGGCGCUAAAUACAGGGAAAUUCUUGAGGGAAACCUGUUUCAGUCUUCCAGAGAUUUGAGACUGGGACAGAGGUUCACCUUCCAGCAGGACAAUGACCCUAAGCAUACUGCUAAAGCAAUACUCAUGUGGUUUAAGGGGAAACAUUGAAAUGUCUUGGAAGGGCCUUGUCAAAGCCCAGACCUCAAUCCAAUUGAGAAUCUGUGGUAUGACAAAGAUUGCUGUACACCAGCGGAACCCAUCCAACUUGAAGGAGCUGGAGCAGUUUUGCCUUGAAGAAUGGACAAAACUCCCAGUGGCUAGAUGUGCCAAGCAUAUAGAGACAUACCCCAAGAGACUUGCAGCUGUAAUUGCUGCAAAAGGUGGCUCUACAAAGUAUUGACAAUGGGGGGGUGAAUAGUUAUGAACACUGAAGUUUUCUGUUUUUUUGUCUUAUUUCUUGUUUGUUUCACAAAAUAGGCAUGUUGUGUAAAUCAAAUGAUACAAACUCCCCCCAAAAAUCAAUUUUAAUUCCAGGUUGUAAGGCAAGAAAAUAGGAAAAAUACCAAGGAGGGUGAACCAAACUAAAGGCUAGGCUGGAAGCAAGGGGAAAUAAUAUGCGAGUUGAGAUAGCAGGCAUAGGUGUGUCUGUGACAGCCAAUACAGCACGGCUUGGAACGCUGCUCGUCCAAUCAGCAUCCAGGAUCCAAACAACCAGUUUUACAAUGACGAUUAUGCCAGUGAUGAUGACAGAAGUGUAUGGGAGACAAAAUGAUAAGAUAGUAAAAAUCUUAUUUUGAGGACUGUCCUGGCUAAUACUAACACUUCCUAACGUGAUGUGUGAUGUUCUAUUAGAUCACCAGGAGUGGGCGGAUAGUCCCAGACAAAGAGUACAGACACAAUGUGAUGCAGAGAGCCCACCAGAGGCAUGUGAGGGAAUGCCUGGCCCAGGCCAUCUUCCAUAAGGUGCUGGACAUGGAGGUGAGAGGGGGAGUAGGGUGAAGUUGCCCCUAGAUGCUGACCUUGGGUCAAUUUUGCAUUCCCCACACUAGUAUUUGUUUUUAUAUUUUAUAUAUUUUUUAACCUUUAUUUAACCAGGGAAAGCCCAUUGAGACCCAGAGACUCCUUUUCAAGGGAGACCUGGCCAAGAAGGUAGCAACAAUCAAUACAUUACAGAAUUAAAACAUACAACAAUACAAUAAAAAAACAUGAUCCAGCCUAAAAAAAGCAUUUACACUCCUCUGUAACAGAGUCUCCCAUAAAAAUGUUACAUUCUGGUUAAGGUUAGGAUUGGGGGAGGGGAAGGCAUUUCUGUUAAACAUAACAUAUUUCUAUCUGAACAUUUAGUACAUUGCGCCCUCCUGAACAUGAUCUUGUCCUAGAGACCAUGAUCCCACUGUUCUGAUUGGUGGGUUCUUUCUGCCUCUGUGUGUAACGUAAACAUUGUGCUCCUGUGUCCUUCUCAUCCAGCGUCUCCAUCAGAUCGAGAUCAAGAGGAAGUUGGAGGAUUUUGCCCGGAGGGAGAGAGUGCAUAAAAUCAAGGUGUAUCGUUUGGAGAUUAAUAUUCUGUAUAACCUGUGACUCCUUCAUUUGAAUUUAUCGUAUCAAACAUAAUCAUAUGCAAACCUAUGUCUCUCAUGUAUUUUGGAGGGAGUCAUGAGUAAAGGCAUUAUAACCAUAGUCUUUGUCUUGGUGAAGGUGGAACGUUCCAAGAGGUACGAGGAGGAAGUAAUCCAUAUCCUGUCUCCACGGCCGCCCACGGGCCCCAGGGUCUCCCACGCACAGCAUUCUGGGCCAGAGGGGGAGCACUCUGAAUCCUCUGAAUCUGUGAGUGAUGCCUCUGAAACCAUAGCAAUUAAAGCAAAUGCACAACUGGGAUCUCUAAUAACGAUUUUGAUAAUGAUUGCUCAAGAGUCGCAUUAUUGUGACAAGGUAAAUUCUUAUUUACAAUGACGGCCUACACCGGCCAAACCCGGACGACGCUGUGCGCCGACCUAUGGGACUCCCAAUCACGGCUGGUUGUGAUACAGCCUGGAAUCAAACCAGGGGGUCUGUAGUGACACCUCAAGCACUGAGAUGCAGUGCCUUAGACCGCUGCGCCACUCGCGAGCCGGAUAGUUGUGACAAAGGUUCGGAAAAUAAGUAUCAAUGUUGGCGACUAUGCUGUUUGUUUUUAAACUUGAUCACGUUUGAUGUUUUAAGAGUUAUUGUUACAAGAGUUAUACACAUGUAGCAAAUUGAGCUGUGUUUCAACCACACAGAGGCAGCCAUUUGACAAUCAUGGAAAAUGUAUUUCAUUGGUAGCUAUAGGCUGAUGGAUUUGUGUGGAGCUGAUUCAUGGCCUGUGCAUCCCAAAUGGCACUCUAUUCCCUAUAUAGUGUACCUGGUCAAAAGUAGUGCACUAUAUAGGGAAUAGGGUGCCAUUUAGGGUGCAGACAUAGCCUGUGCGUGCUGAGAUAGUUGCCAGGUUGGUGUUGACAUUCUAGUCAGCAGGUCUGAAGAACACUUCUCUCAUGUGUUUGCUCAAUGUCUCGUUUAAGAGUGUAUUCAACGUGAAGUGGUAGGAUUACACAAGUUUAUCUCACGCUUUUGAAAUGUAAGAUGUGGCAGGUCUUAAUGGCUGAAUCAACAUAUGUCGAGGGGUGAACGCCUGCCUGGGUUUUUCUGGCUUUGAUCGUUGUAUUUACUAGAAGUUAGACGUUGUCUCUUGACGAAAUCGGAAAACAUACGUAUCACAAGCAUGUUGGGGCUUGUUCAAAUCUUACUAUAUAGUGUUGCCAAAAAUACUUCAAAUAUAAUUAAAAGCACUUGGUUAAACAUACACUGAACAAAAAUAUAAAUGCAACAUGUAAAGUGUUGGUCCCAUGUUUCAUGAGCUGAAAAAUAAAAUCCUUUACAUUUUCCAUAUGCACAAAAACCUUAUUUCUCUCAAUUUCUUUCUCACAAAUGUGAUACAUCCCUGUAAGUGAGCAUUUCUUUUUUGCCAAAAUAAUCCAUCCACCUGACAGGUGUUGCAUAUCAAGAAGCUGAUUAAACAGCAUGAUCAUUACACAUGUGCACCUUGUGCUGGGGACAAUAAAAGGCCACUUUAAAAUGUGCAGUUUUGUCACACAACACAAUGCCACAGAUGUCUCAAGUUUUUAGGGAGUGUGCAAUUGGCAUGCUGACUGCAGGAAUGUCCACCAGAGCUGUUGCCAGAUAAUUUAAUGUUAAUUUCUCUAGCAUAAGCUGCCUCCAACGUCGUUUUAGAGAAUUUGGCAGUACGUCCAACCGGCCUCACAACCUCAGACCCUGUGUAACCACGCCAGCCCAGGACCUCCACAUCCGGCUUAUUCACCUGUGGGAUUGUCUGAGGGGGGAUGGGGGUGCUGAUUCGUUUUUCUGUCUGGAAUAAUGCCCUUUUGUGGAGAAAAAUCAAUUCUGAUUGGCUGGGCCUGGCUCCCCAGUGGGUGGGCUUGGCUGCCAAGUGGGUGGGACUUGGCUGCACCCCAUCCAUAGAUUAGGGCCUAAUGAAUUUAUUUAAAUUGACUGAUUUCCUUAUAUGAACUCUAACUCAGUAAAAUCUUUGAAAUUGUUGCAUGUUGCAUUUAUAUUUUUGUUCAGUAUAGUUCAUGUGUAGAUAAGAGCAUGUUUAAAAUACUGAAACAUUUACUAUGAUGAACAUUAAAUGUCCAUCAGAAAAUGAACAUUUAAAAAAACAUAUUCUGCUUAGAAUGCAUGGUUGAUGUGUGUGUGUGCUGCAGCCGGGCUCCUCCCGGCCCAACACGGCUCCAGGGAAGAUGCAGAGGCCGGUGCGUCUGAAGCCCAUCCAUAGUAACAGCACCACAGCCUCCCACAGACACACCUCCCCCUACAGGCCCCAUGACUCCUCCAACGAAACGGACCAGCCUUUCAACUGCAUUGUGAGACCACCAACAUCGACUGUAUUAUUUAUAACACUAUAGCGCUCACACACGCACGCACGCACACACACACAGACUUACGGGGCUAGCCACCAGUGGAGUCUUUAGUCCUUAGUCAGAAUUCCAUGCAUGUUUUAUUGCACUUGCUUGCCUUUGUAUUCCUGGACCUGUAUCCGGGCAACUUGUAAUUGAAGCGUUAUCACAGGAAUUUUGUAUUUUCUUUCCAGAUGGACAGAGACUCCAGAAGACAUUUGACCGCGACAGAGUUUUCCCGUGGUAUAUCCCCCUACCGUCUUCCAGUCAUCAACAACUUUGUUACCCCAGUGCCACCUCCGACAAAGAGGAAAGAGAGGGGCGGUUUUAAGGGUACCCCCAACGGCACUUUCAGGGGACGGAGACUGCGCCCCACCACGGCCCCCAGUGGCCCCGGAAUGACGGAGGUCUCUCUUUUCCUUUCUUUCUUCCUUCCUCCCUCUCUACCUCUUCAACCAUAGCUCCCUCCCCCCUUCAGAUCACACAUGGUAGGGUGUCCACCCACUCUAUAGUCUAGUGUGAUCAAACGCACACUAUUCUGUGGGGUGCAGGGUCGAAAAAAGUAGGUAUAAAAUAAAUAGAGCCUGCACACUCAUGAGCUCCACCAUGUACCAUUACUAAUAAACAAACAGAGUGGGGGAAAACGUGCUUAUGAUAUAAAAUACAUUUUAUCAAGACAAAUAUGAUUAUUCAUGUUCUGAAUCAUUCAGUGGGGUCUUUCUCUAACAUAUCAUUAACAUUAUAUGCAAAAAAAGUCAGAUUUCAUAACCUAAUACAUCCGAUAAUAAUCACUGAGCUCUGUUGACAUAGUGGUGCAGGCUUCUCGUAACAACUGUUGAGGAUUUUACAUUUUGUGGUCGUCGUCUUCAAAAUCGUUUCCGCGGGUCGCAAAAAGCUAAAAUAGCAUGACACGAGCUGAAUUAAAUGUAAAAGUCUUUGAAAAUAAAAAGCUUGGUAUAUGCUCAGUGCUCUGUUAACAUUUCACAGAGAUCCGCUUAAUAUUAAAAGCGUAUACUACAAUAUGAAACUACUGCAUGUCAUGUCUCAAAAUUGAUAUCUAUCUUACCUCUAUAUUGUUUUAUGUCCUGCGGAUUCGAGAAGAAAGAUGACGAGUGCAACGGGAAAGUGAGCCUGUCAGAUAGACUUAAUUGUUGCACAGAAUCCAGCCUAGCUGACGCGAUGCAAUUUUCCAGAUUUUUUACAACUCUUUUUCUCUGAUAGAGACAUGAGGUUUGGACCAUUGGUUUUCUUAGAGGAUUAUCUACAGAAUUAACAUAUAAUUUUACCCAUUGGUCAAAAUAUGAGUUUUUGAUUGGACAUUUUACACAUGGGUUUUUUAUUCCCUACAAUAAACACACAGUUAACUGUUUUUAUGCCACAACAAAUCACACUUCUCUCAGAUAUACAAUGUUCCUACACAUUCAGUACAGGACCUGUUUGCACAGCUGUAAUUUAAGUACAGUUUGAUUACAAGGGCUCUUCAGAUAGGCACAGUGACUGUUAAGUCAGUUGCCCACUGCUAUCAUACCCCAUAGAAACCAUUCAGGUUUUAUGGUGCUUACUUACUGUAAUAUAAUAAUAAUAAAUGCAAUUUAGCAGAUGCUUUUAUCCAGACUUACAGUCAUGCGCAUAUACAUUUUGAAUGAAUGGCCCCAGCGGGUACUUACUGACUUAAUUCUUCCUUUGCAGUAUUAUAAAGGCCACAGGACAAACACAUUGAAAACGAAUCUGUUUUUGCUUCCAGGAUUCUACUCCCCUGCGGACCUCUGUGCAGAGUAAAGUAUGUGUGAGCAUGGUGUUCUUUGGAAAGACGGUGCACCUGUCACAUGACCUGAUGGACAUGAGGGAUGAGGUGAAGGUGUUCCAGCAGCACUGUGGGGGAGAGAACCUGUGUGUGUACAAGGGCAGAGUCCAGGAAGGAGGUCAGUAUGGGAACAUGCAGGAAGGGAGGUCAGUGAGUGUGUGACAGACAGAUUCAGGUCUAUUCGGUCUUGCCCAAUUAAAAAAAUAUAUAUAUUUUAAUAGCACUUCAUUUUUUGCUGCUCUCAAACCAUUUGCAUACCGAUUGCUUAAACAUCCCAUAAAAUAUGAAAUACUACAAUACAAAUGAUCUACUUUACCUCUAUUUAUUUUAGAGACGUUCCAGUUUGUGUCGCGGCGCCACCGUGGCUUCCCCUUCAGCCUGACAUUCUUUCUCAACGGGCUGCAGGUGGAGCGCCUCAGCUCAUGCUGUGAGUUCAAACACAGGAAGGGUUCCCGGCUAGGCGGCCGCCAUGGACAUUUUGGAUUCUCCAGCACGGAGGGAGCCUCGCCCUGCUACAGGUAAGAUACAGUAACAGCAGGAUUUUAAAAGUAUGUGUCACUAUCUGUGAAUGGAGUGGUCAUGUCUAAGCAAAGAUGUUAUCCUGAGUGUUAGAAAAUGUAUAUUCAAUCCAAACUCUUUUUUAGCACCUCUUAUCUGAAUUUGUCAAGAUUUUCAAACCAAUAAAGCACCAAUUAUUAUGACAUCUCAGUGAUACAUGUUCAAUGUCUGCAGUCUUAUCAGGUGCACAAGGCUACAGUAUGUGAGGUCCAUUUUCAUUUUCUAGGUGUAUCAUAGCCAUGGGGUUAGACAAGAAGCCCACCCCUCCUCCAAAGAGAGUCAAAGAGGAAAUCAUAGUCACCAGCCCUCUAGACACUGGGAAGGACACUGCAGAGGUGGAGGAGGAGAUGACUGGUAAAGACAGUCGCUCUCAACCAGAGCCUGAGACAACUCAGCCACAGGACAUGGAAACAGAGAUCAAAGAAGACAUUCCACCAGAGGAGGACAAACCCAAAGAUGGUACACUGAGCUACACAAAUGGAGACCUGAGAGUUAUAUCAAUAUUAUAUUGAUAUUUCGGUAACACUUUACUGUAGCCGCCCUUACAUGCAUUUAUAAUGCCUUUAUAACAGCUUCAUGAAGACAUAACAUCCAUCAUAGGCAGUCAUAAACAUUAUGAACAAGGCAUAAGUUACUGAUAUUUUUGUGAAAAUUAUUAAUAGAUGCAUAGUAGUUGCUCUGUCUACCUAUCUAUGGUACACGAUUAAAAUCAUCUUAAUAAGAUAGUUAAUCAUGUUAAAAAGAUAGUUAUUAUGCUAUGGAGUCAUAAGGCGCUGUUUGUUUUUCCCAACAGACUAUGAAGAGGACUUUGAGGCAGACGACGAGGGGCAGGCUGAGGACGGAGAAGAGAAAGACAAGAAAAGUCCUCCUCCCUCCAGAGAAAGAGAGGGAGAGGAUAGAGAGAAAGAUGACCAGUCUGACAGUGAGGACGAUGACAAAGAUGGUUAGUUAAUCAUCUUGAAUAAUCUUGAAUUAUAAUCAAAGUGAAAUUAAUAGAAGAGUAUACACCCCAAUCCAAAUAUAGCCCACUUUAUCCAUUCAUCUCAAUCCAAAUAUAGUCCACUUCAUCCAUUCAUCGUAGAUCUCAAUCCAAAUAUAUCCCACUUCAUCCAUUCAUCGUAGAGCUCAAUCCAAAUAUAGUCCACUUCAUCCAUUCAUCGUAGAUCUCAAUCCAAAUAUAUCCCACUUCAUCCAUUCAUCGUAGAGCUCAAUCCAAAUAUAGCCCACUUCAUCCAUUCAUCGUAGAGCUCAAUCCAAAUAUAUCCCACUUCAUCCAUUCAUUGUAGAUCUUAGCUCUUCAAAUGAUUAAUUUUCUAUUCCUUUGUCUCCUGUUAACACUGUCGCCCUUGUAGAAGAGAGAAGGUCAAGGUCAGGCUCAAGCUCCUCAGGAAGUGACAGGGACGACAGUGAGGCUGAGCCCAAGGAGGACCAAGCAGUCAACCAGGCAGCUGACCUACCCAAAGACCCAGAGGAGGCUCCUCCCCAGGCUGAACAGGCAAAAGACACCCCCACCACCACCACCAUAGCACCUGAUCCAGACCAACCACCCACAGAGGAUCCAACCACAGCCACAGAGAGCAGCUCUCCUACCCCACCCCAGACCACCUCGACUGGGGAGGAAGACACAGGGACCUUGGGGUACAGCCCUGGGGACAGUGCAGCGAGAACCACAGAGCUGGAGGUGUCAGACACCAGUGGGCUGUCAGAGAAGGAGGGGAAAGGGCAUGACGAUGAUGGAAGUGCUGAGGCUAAGGAGGAAGACAAGGAGAGUGGGGCUAAGGUGGAGGAUGAGUCUACACAGGAGGAGCCUGAGAGGGGUAAGUAUGCACCGUCACAUCCAGACUCGCCUGAGUGAGAGCUGUACCCCUCCCCUCUCUGGAGCCUUUUCCAUAAUCAGAGCUGUCAGUUUUGCUAUAUAAUACAUUAGUUGAGCUUUAUAUAUUUCCAUGUACACAGGCCUUUACAUAAGUAUCCAUUGAUUUAAUUCUGAUUAUUGUGAGAUAACAGGUCAGUUCGGAUGGUGGAAAAGGUGAUACUGUGUGUUGUUGGGGGAAACCAUUUCCUGCUGCAUUUUGGACCUGCCUGUCCUUUUCUCUUUCUCCUUUACACCUUGUAAUAGUGAUGAGAAAUAAGAUGGCUGUUGGAGCUAAGUGGGAACAUGCUUUUUUGGUCUCAUCUGUGUUUGUAUUCAAAUGCAUGCCAGUGUUUUUAGACUUACAUUUUUCUACACAUUGUAAUGUACAGAUGUAGGAUUUUAAUUUGAGCCAGUUUGCUAGGGUAGGAAAAUAAUCCUUUAGCAACAGGAAAUGUGAAUUAUUAUGUGGAUUAUAAUUCAUGGACAUUUUUGUAGUCUGAAAUGUCAAAGUGGAAAUUACGAACUUCAGAAGGCUAUUUAAACCUCAAAUACACUGGAAAGUUAUCCUGCAACAGGGUGAUCAAAUUAAGAUCCUACAUCUGUAGAAUGCCUCUGAGGAUUUUGUAUUACUUCACCAUAGUUCUUCCUCAGAAUUGGUUUAACAGAUUUAACAUUCUAAAUGAACAACUUUGUACUGUUUACCUGACAAAUUAUGUCUGAAAAUACUGAGCUGACGAUUGUGAAUGUCUGUUUUGGGUUUGCUCUCCUGUGUUCUUUGUUACGUUGAUGUUAUUUUGGCCAACAGAAAAUCACUCAAUGAUUAUACUGUGCUUUCUUGUUUGUUUGGGCCCAUGAACUUUAUCUCUGUAUUGCUUUUUGCUUGUUUAUUUAGCAGGGUAGCGUUUUUCGUCAUGAAUCUUGUUUUGGAGGCAGCUCUGCAGUGUGGUCACUAGCUGGCACGGCCACAAACUCAUAAAAUCAGAUUUGAAACCUAACCUUAACCAUAACUUUAACCACACUGCUAACCCUAAUGCCUAAAACCCUAACCUUAAAUUAAGACCAAAAAGCACAUUUCUGUUUUCAUGAAUUUGUACAAUAUGGCCAAUUUUGAAAUCGCCAGAUUCAUAACAAUAAACAUCAACCUGCAAUUAUUUCAUGCAUGCUGAACAUCUGAAUGUGAUUUCCAUUAUACUAUUCGGCUUCAAUUGGCUAGUGUAAAUAUUAAAAUGAGUCUCUCUCUGAAAUGAAGUUUCAUUUUACUUUGUUCUGUCUAAUGUCCAGUCAUUGCUUUCAGUUAAUUUUGUUUUAACGGCUCCUCAUGAUGUUCUAUUUGUAAAUUAUUAUAUUGCUUAUGUUUGUUGACAUGUAAAGUGCAUUCAUUGCAUGCUUCACAUAUCUGUCUCCUUCCCACGCCAAACCCAAGCCAAGUCUGUGCAGGAGAAACUAGCAGAGGCCAUUUUGAGGGAGGCUCAGAGUCACUCAGAGCCAGAGCUGAGUGACACCAGCACUGAGACAGAGGAAGACCCCACUGAGAAAACCCAACAACAGGACACCAUUGGUAAAAGCUCCAGUUAUUUGUCAUUAACGCCUGUGCAUUAUCUUUAGUGUGUGAGAAAAUGUCAUUGGUCACUCACCUACCGCCUAUUUCUUCUGCAGGUCCAGAACCAGAGAAAGCCGUGGCUUUUACUCUGCAGCAUCAGAUCAGUACAGAGGAAGUGAAGUGUGAGGAAAGUUCAGUCAGUGCACAGGAAAUGACCUCACAGAGUGCUGCCGAGGAACAAGAGGUCAGGACUGAGCUGAAGAAAGAGGAGGAAGAUGGUGCACUGGAGUCUGAACAUAACACUGAAGAGGCCAGUGGUGUGACAGAGGAGAAAGAGGAGGAUCCAAAAGCCAGUCCAGAGACGGAUGAUGAAGAAGAUACAGACAGCAAAGUAGAAACAGAGGGGAAAGAAGAGGGUGAAGAAACUGAGGACAACAAAGAAGAAGAUGAGGCUGUGGAAUUUCAGGUGGAUGAGCCAGCUAAAGCAAGUGAUUCUGUAACUAGUAAAGUAAAGCAGCAGGAAGAGAAAACCACAGUGGAGCCUGACAUACCACCUAGUGAGCCAGACAAAGAGGAAGAGGAGAUGAAAAGCACUAAAGAUGAUGAGUCAUCUGCACCAGAAGAACCAGAGAGCAAUAAUGAGAUAGAAACAGCUGUGACCGGUGAGGCAGGGACUGAGGUGGCAGAGAGGGAAGCAGUAGAGAUGAAAGCAGAGCCCAUAACGGAUUCAGAGUCCCAUAGCCAUAAAGAGACGUCUAUAACUGACAAAGACAGGCAGGGAGAUGAGAAGGAGGACACGGUUGGAGGCACAGAGACAGAAGUCACAGCAGAUAAUUCAAGCAACGUGUCAGAGAAAAGUGGAGAUACCACUGUCUGUGCUGAAAAGACAGCAGAGGGAGCUGAGAAGAGUGAGGAUGCACCUGGAGAAACAGAAGACAAACCUGAGAGUGACACAGGGGAGGCUAUGAAGGAAGACAGACCAGAAAAAGAAGCUGGUAAGGAUGAAGUUGGAGGAGAAACUACUGCAGAGGAUAAGGCAAGUGAUAAGGUAGAAAAUGAUAUUCCCCAAACUGAAGAAGGGGAAGUAAAGGAUGGUGAAAAGAUUGGAAAUGUUAAGAAAGAAGAAAAGGAAGAGACUGAGGAAGAAAAGACUGGAGAAGCUAAGAGAGAUGAAGAGAAAGUUAGUGAGGGUAAGGUAGACGAAAGUGAGAAAGAUGGGGAGGAUAACACAGAAGAGAGGACACAGGGUGGAGACAAUACUGAGGGGAAUAAGGCAGAGGGGGGAGAAAAAGAUGACGACAAAAAGUCAGCAGAAGUAGAAGAUAAGGUGGAGUGUGAAGAGGAGGUUGGACAGGCAGAAAAGGAAGACAAUGAUGGAGAAGAAAUUGUCAAAGAAGAGGGCAAGCUAGAAAGUGGGGAAAUGGUUGAAGAAAGUAAAGCAGCGAAAGUAUCCGAGCAUGAAACAGGAGAGAAAGAGGGAGAGGAAGUAGUUGAUGAUAAUGUUGUGGAUGCAGAGGAAGCCAGUGAACUUAAAGCAGGGGAAGGAGAAAACAUGACAACAACUGAGGUCAAAGCUCAAGAGACUGAGAUCAAAGACAAUGUUCUAGAAUCUGUAAGUGAUGCGGACGAGAACGAUGAAUCUGAUAAAGAGAGUGGCUCAGCUCCAAUUGCUGGAGACAGCACUGCGGCCAGAGAUGAGACCCUAGUCAGCAGGAAAGAAACAGAGAAAAAGGACAGUGAGGUAGAUGCUGAGAAUGGAGAGACAGCUGCAGCCUCUGAAGUUCAGAGUGACACCGCAAGAGAGGAGACAGAGUCCACAAACCAAGAUACCCAAGGCAAAAACGAUACAGGAGAGGACAAGGCUGAUGAAAAGGACAUGGAGGCAGAAACAAAGACAGAUGACCUAAACAAGGUGGAGACAGAGGAAGAUGCUAAAGACCAGGAAGAGGCAAAUGACAAAUGUGAAAAUACCAAAGUAGAUCAGGAUGCAGACACAGAGGACAAAGAAUCUAAGGCUGAGGAAGCUAACAGAGAUAGCCAUGCUGGUUCACAUGUAGGAGACCCAGAGUCUGUUAACACUGGGGCUGAAUCCAAAGAAGAGGCUAUGUCAGAGAAUGCUGAGAAGGUAACUAAGAAUGUCAAGGAGAUAGAGGAAUCUGUAGAGUCUCAAGAGCAGUCUGAACGAAAAACUCAGUCAAAGGACGGAAUUGGAGAUGCUACACUUGAGAGUGAAGAUAAGAACCCAGAUACAAGCACAGAGAACUUGGAUGAUGGCAAAGAGAAAGUUAAUGAUGAUACUACAGAGGUGAUUGUUGUUUCUGAAGAGUCACAAGCUCAAGCUUCAGAACCCAGAGCUAUGGAGUUAGAAGAUACUACAGAGACUGAAUCAGAUCUGAUGGAAAUAGAACAUAAAAGGGAAGACGAAUCCACAGAAGGGGUAAGCAAGCCAUCUGAAGAAGGAGCCAGCGUUGUGCUCAAACAUCAGUCAGAAACACCACGAAAAGAAAGCAGUGCAUCACGUAAAGAAGCGAAUGUACUUGAGGAAAGUGUUAAAGCUGAGGACCAUGAUGUAACUCCAGAGACCUUGGAGAAAGAAGACAAUAGGGAUCUUGUAACUAACUGGGUGAACGUACAUCAAUCCUCAAAGUUCUUCGAGACAUUUAUAGAGCCCCUAGAUGACUUUACUUCUGACAAUGCUACCAGUGAGUCUAAUUCGGAUGCCAGGGCUAUAGAGCCAACACACGUGACUGAACUUUCUAGACCAGAGAGACCUACUAAAACGGCAAAGACACCAGACCUGAAACCUGACGAUCAUGAUGCCAAUGCCUCAGAGAAGAGUGCAGCCGUUGGAGGCGGAGGUGACACCAGUGUUGAGAGUGUAGUUACAGAACUUAAAGAGGCAGCCCCAUCAACAGAAUAUGAAAAUGAGUCAAACAGUAAUAAGGUGGAAGUGAUCCAAUCAGAUCUCAGGAGUACUCACUCAAGAGACGAUGAACCCAGUGAAACUGGGCCAACCAAAGACUCUCUCGAGGCGAAAGAAGAAACAGAAGUCACUCUCUUCACACUCUCUACUGAACUUGAACACAGCAGCAGAGAAGAUACAGCUGGGCCACAGGAGGAGGGUCAGAGUUCUUCAGAGGAUCUCAAAGGAACAACAGGGAUGCCUGAGGAUGACAAGGACAAAGGUACGACAAUGCAGGGAGAAACUGAUCUGACAGAAAUGUCCAAAACUGACGUUGAAAGUAUACAGGGCUCUAACCAUUCAGCUGCCAGUGGCAGGCCUGGAAAUAUCAGUGAGAAUCCAGCAGAGACUGAAGAAACCAAAGACAAGUCUGGGUUGGACGAGCAACAAACAACAAUGGAAGAGAUAACUGUCCUGACAAUGCUUUCCAAAAAUGGAGAUGAAACACAGGAGCAGUCUGGGAGUCCAGAGAAUCACUCUGAAUCUGGCACAACAUCAAGAGAACCAGAAGACACCAAAGAUACAAAGGAACCGAAAGAGCAAGAGGCUGCAGAGGUUACAGAAAUAACAGAGCUAAGAGUCAUUUCUAAAUCUGAGAAUGAGAGCCAGGAAGACUCCCAAAGUGUACAGCUCCAUUCUAAACAACUGGAUGGAAGCAGGAGUGGAGACAAAGAAGAUCUACAGCUGAUUGACCAGCUGAGCACCUGCUCAGUGGAAGAUUCUUCACUGUUUGGCCACACCUCGUACCCUCUGUUGACAACUGCACCGACUGACAGUAACUAU